AAAUCUAUCAACAAAGCCUCCAGGAGUGAUCAGGAUCAUAAUGAAUCAUUCAAAGAAUCCACAAAGAUCAAUGUCUUCAAGGAGGAGCUGGGCAAUGAAUUGCGAAACUCGUUUGUCAAUGACCUAAAGGAGCUGGGCAAUGAAUUACGAAACUCGGUUGUUAAUGUUUCAAAAGAGGCGCUAAGCCAUCUCAAUGACUCGAAAAAGGAGCUGUGCAAUGAAAUACGAAACUCGUUGAGGGAAUUUAAGGAAGAUUUGGUUGCAAGGGAGAUGAAAAAAACACGAGACUCGGAAUUUAAGGAAAGUUUGAAGAAAGAAGCAAGAGAGGAAGUUGCAAGAAAAUUGAAUGAUAGUGAUAAUGAAAAGAAUAACGAGAAUGUCGGUGGUAAUUAA